AUGGCGCAGCAUGACUUUGCUCCAGCUUGGCUUAAUUUUCCUACUCUACCAUCAUCAACAAGGUCAUCACUGAACUUUGAGAAACAUCCUGAAAAUUUUUUGUGGAAGAAUCAUUAUGAAGCAAAUCGCCGAAGACGCAGCUCUUCAGAUGGGUUUGGUCCUAACAUUGGAUGGUCUCAUGGAGGGCAUUUUGGAAGAAAAGGGAAGAAUGGUUGGCGUUCACAAGGCAGAAAUGGUACCUAAAAUAUACACCAUGGUGGGGGAUACUAUGCCGGAUGUUCCUGUGCUCGUACCAGCUCUUUCUACUGUGGAAAAAGUCAAGGACUGUAUGAAAACAGUGUACCUGAUGGCAGAACUGGGAGAAGGGAAGACAAAGAAGUAGCCAAACAGUUUGCUGCUGAGGAUUUUCCCUCUUUAAAUCCUGAAUAUGAGAGGGAACCAAAGCAGAAGACAUCUUCAGCUGCAGGUGUGUGGGACUACCCUUUGAAUCCUAAAUCUAGAUCUCCAAGAAUGCUAGUCACUAAAAAGGGCAGUACGAAAGAACUGCAGAUAUCUGGAUUCCCAGUAGCAAGAAGUUUUCAUUCUCAACCAGUAAGGAACAGAGCUGGUGCAAGUUUUUCUAAAGGAUUAGUCCCAAAGCCUGUCACUCCACCUACAAAACCUAAACAGUGGAAACUCCAAGCAAGAGAAAACAAAUGUGGGAAACUGUUUCCUCAUGAAUCUGCACGUGGUGUUGACAAUUUCAGUCCUUUCAAAUCAACUGCCAAGGCACUUAUUAUACCACAGAAUUCAAUGAAAGAGUGUAAUCAGUCAAAUUCUUCAUCCCCUGAUGAGAAAAUUGGUCAUCCUUGUUUAACAAAAUUGACCAGGAUACAAAGUGGUAAGAGUGAAUUUUUGAAAGCAUUGAAACAAGAUAGAGUGGAAGAGGAACAUGAGAAUGGUGUUGGGGGAGAGAAGGAAAAGAAGCCCUUUAACUUGUGUAACAGCAACAGUCCUUGUCAUGAGAGAGAUACAAACCGAAACUUGGAAAAUGAAAUUCCACAGAACAAUGGCAGUGCUUCAGUUACAUCUCAACAGGUUAUUCGAUCUUCAGCUUUCCCUCAAGCAGAUGUUCUUUCAAGCUCCCUUGAGGCAGAGCAUAGGUUAUUAAAGGAGAUGGGUUGGCAGGAAGACUGUGAAAAUGAUGAAACAUGUGCUCCGCUAACAGAGGAUGAGAUGAGAGAGUUUCAAGUAAUUUUUGAACAGUUAAAAAAAAAUGGCCUUCGGAAAAAUGGCCUUUUGAAAAAUGGCCUCAUCUGUGAUUUUAAAUUUAGCCCCUGGAAAAACAGCUCUUUCAAACCUGCUCUUGAGAAUGAGGAUUCUGAGACGAGCAGCAGUGAUACGUCAGAUGAUGAUGAUGUAUGA